AUGGAAGCCAUUAAAGGAGUAAUAGGAAUUAUUUUGUUAUACCAGACUCUGGCUGGAGUUCUGGGUAAUUCCUUGCUCAUCUACAAUUAUCUGAAUCUUUACUUCACAGGAUGCAGUUUAAAGUGCAUAGAUUUGAUUCUGCAGCACUUGAGUAUAGCCAACAUCUUAACUCUUCUGUGUAGAGGAGUGCCACAGACAAUGGCAGCUUUUGGGUUGCAAGAUUUUCUGGGUGAUUUAGGUUGCAAAGUUCUUUUCUAUCUCCACAGAGUGGGCAGAGGUGUGUCAAUCAGCAGCACCUGUCUCUUGAGCGUCUUCCAGGCCAUGACCAUCAACCCCAUGGACUCUAUUUGGGCAGAACUUAAGGCCAAAACACAUAGCUACAUUGAUUCGUCCAUAUACCUCAGCUGGAUCCUGUAUUUCAUUGGAAAUAUAGGCAUUAUAAAGAACAUGACUGGAAAUAGAAGCAAUAAAAACAUGACAGGGCUAAAAGACUAUGGAUACUGUUUCUCAGCUCGGCUUGACAAAACUACAGAAAUGCUGAUUGCAGUAUUCCUGUCAUUCCCUGAUGUGGUGUGCAUGGGCAUCAUGCUGUGGGCCAGCAGCUCCAUUGUCCUCCUCUUGUAUAGACAUAAGCAGAGAAUGCAGCACGUGCUCAGGACAACUGUCUCCCCCAGACCCUCCCCUGAAUCCAGAGCUACUAAAACCGUCCUUCUCCUGGUGAGCACAUUUCUCUUCUUUUACACACUUUCUUGUGUCUUUCAAGUUGCUUUGAUUUCCAUUUACAACCCAAGCUUGUUCCUUCAAAACAUGGCUGUAUUAGUUGUUGGGUGUUUCCCAACUGUCAGCCCUUUUCUGCUCUUGAGCCAUGAGUCCAGUUUAUACACUCUUUGUUUUAAGUUGGGAAGAAACAGAAAGACUCCUUAG